AUGCCGCACAAUCAUCACGACGGGCACUGCAGCCACGAGAGCCACGAACAUGACCAUGAUCACGAUACCAGCGACCUUGGCCCCAAUGAUAAUCUAUUUUCGUACAUCGACCGCGCCAAUGUCGUCGCACUGAACGCCACCAGGGAGGGCUCUGUCGUCAUUAAACCCUGGGAUCAAAGGAGCAACGAGGAAGUUUGUUUGGAGUCGGAUGCCGAUGAUCAGCUAAUUCUGCGCAUCCCUUUCACCGGAUCCGUUAGGCUUCGGUCUUUACUGCUAAAGACGGGCCCGGGUGACCAGACCCCAACGAAAGUCGCCCUGUUUUCCAAUCAACCUAGCAUGGAUUUCAACGACGUUUCCGACAAGGCGCCUGUUCAAGAAUUCGAUAUCCCUCAGGACAGGAACGUUGCGGAGUACGCUGUCAAGACGGCAAAGUUUAACAACGUUUCUUCCCUGACGUUAUUCUUCCCCGCCUCUCAGGGGGCGGACACGACAAGAAUUUACUAUGUCGGUCUCCUUGGUCAUUGGACCGAGCGCAAGAGCGAUCCGGUGAUCACUGUCUAUGAAACUCAGGCUAACCUUGCCGACCACGAAAAGAUUCAGGGAACUGACGGCAACUUCAGUACAACACAGUCCUAA